AAACACCACCCCCAUAUUCAGUUCACUAUUGGCUGGCUUCCCCAAAACAAAAUUCACAAUCAGUGAUUUUUUUUUUUUAACGGCAAUUGACUAUACAUAAAUAUAGCAAACAGAAAGGAGCUGGCAGGACAAACAAAAAAUCAAACACACUAACAAAGAAAUGUCGAAAUCUUGGCAGUUUUUCCAGUUUAAAGCUCCACCCCCUGCUCUGUGUCACAAUCAGUGAUUGAUUCCCCAUAUUCACUACUACCAUUAACCAUACAAAUUAAAUUGACUUUCUGUUCUGGUCCAAUCAAUCAAUCAAUCUAUUAUGUUGCUGCAACGUCGAUGCAUGAGGCUGCUGCACACCCGCCCACUCAAGAAAAAACAACUAACCACUAAUUCCCAAAAAUCCAAACCACCCGUCGUUUCAGACUCAAACAUCGUGCAAUGCAACACCGCUAUCACCAAUCACAUGCGCAACGGCCACUGCGAUUCUGCUCUCCGAAUCUUCCAAAACAUGACAACACGCACUUCAGUUUCAUGGAACGCAAUGAUAUCAGGAUACCUGUUGAACAAGAGCUUCACUCUUGCACGCCAGAUGUUCGACAAAAUGCCUGACAGAGAUUUAGUUUCAUGGAAUGUCAUGAUCACUGGGUGUGUUCGCAACGGGAAUCUAGGUGCUGCCAGGAAGCUGUUCGAUCAAAUGCCGCAGAGAGAUUCGGUUUCUUGGAACGCCAUGUUGUCUGGUUAUGCUCAAAACGGAUACGUGGAAGAAGCAAGGAUGGUUUUUGAUAGGAUGCCCAACAAGAAUUCCAUCUCAUGGAAUGGUAUACUUGCAGCCUACGUGCAAAACGGGAGGAUAGAGGAUGCGCGUAAAUUGUUUCAAUCCAAGUCGGCUUGGGAUGUGAUCUCUUGGAACUGUUUGAUGGGUGGGUAUGUAAGGAACAAGAGAUUGGUUGAUGCAAGGCGUCUUUUUGAUAGAAUGCCUAUGCCAGAUGAAGUGUCUUGGAAUACGAUGAUAUCGGGUUACGCUCAGAAUGGAGAGUUAUCCGAAGCACACAAGUUGUUUGAUGAAUCUCCGGUUAAAGAUGUGUAUACAUGGACGGCGAUGGUGUCGGGUUAUGUGCAGAACGGUAUGAUAGACGAAGCUAGACGAGUUUUCGAUGAAAUGCCUGUAAAGAAUUCUGUUUCUUGGAACGCGAUGAUUGCUGGUUAUUUACAGUGUAAGAAAAUUGACGUUGCAAAGGAGUUGUUUGACGCAAUGCCAUGUAAAAACGUUAGUUCUUGGAAUACGAUGAUUACCGGGUUCGCACAGAGCGGCUCCAUUGAUCUCGCUCGGGAUUUAUUCGAAAAAAUGCCUUGGCGUGAUUGCAUUUCAUGGGGUGCGAUUAUUGCGGGAUACGCUCACUUAGGCCACACUGAGGAGGCAUUGCGUUUAUUUGUAGAGAUGAAGAGAAGCGGAGAAAAGCCGAAUAGAUCGAUUUUUUCGUGCGUUUUGAGCACGUGUGCCGAGAUAACUUCGUUGGAAUUGGGAUGCCAGUUGCACGCGCAGCUUGUUAAGGUAGGGCUCGGAUCGGGAUGGUAUGUAGGCAAUGCAUUACUGUCUACGUAUUGCAAAUGUGGAAACAUCGAUGAAGCCAAUGUUAUAUUCGAAGAAAUAUCUGAUAAAGAUAUAGUCUCGUGGAACACGAUUAUCGCUGGAUAUGCUCGACAUGGUUUCGGCAAAGAGGCUUUAAGAGUUUUUGAGUCGAUGAAGAGAAGCGGAGUUAAACCAGAUGAAGUAACCAUGGUUGGCGUGCUGUCUGCUUGUAGUCACAGUGGGUUGGUAGACAGAGGCACACACUACUUUCACACAAUGAAUAAUGAUUACGGAAUAACCACUAAUUCAAAACACUACACAUGCAUGAUCGAUCUACUGGGUCGAGCCGGGCGGCUAGAUGACGCCCUAAAUCUGAUGAAAAACAUGCCCUUUGAACCGGACGGGGCUACAUGGGGUGCGUUACUUGGUGCCAGCAGAAUUCACGGAAAUACCGAAUUAGCGGAGAAAGCAGCCGAGAUGGUUUUCCGUAUGGAGCCCGACAAUGCGGGAAUGUACGUGCUUUUAUCGAAUCUAUACGCAGCUUCCGGUAGAUGGAGUGAUGUGAGCACAAUGCGGUUGAAGAUGAGGGACACGGGGAUAAAGAAAGUACCGGGUUAUAGUUGGGUGGAAGUGCAAAACAAGUUUCAUGUGUUCUCGGUAGGGGAUUCGACCCACGCGGAUACAGUUAGAAUAUACGGUUAUCUUGAAGAAUUGUAUAUGAAACUGAAGCAAGAGGGUUAUAUUUGUUCGGCGAAAUUGGUUUUGCAUGAUGUGGAAGAAGAGGAAAAGGAGCAUAUGUUGAGGUACCAUAGUGAAAAGUUGGCGGUGGCGUUUGGGAUCGUUAAUACACCAGGUGGGCGACCCAUUCGGGUGUUUAAAAACUUACGGGUAUGUGCUGACUGUCAUAAUGUUAUCAAACAUAUAUCCAAGAUUGAAGGCAGGCUGAUAAUUGUGAGAGACUCUCACCGUUUUCACCAUUUUAGCAAGGGUAUAUGUUCUUGUGGGGAUUAUUGGUGAUGAAUAUAUAUAUACACAUGGUUUCCAUACACCUGUUUGUUUUUAUCGGCCACCAUGGGUCGGCCCUUCGUGUAGCAGCAUAUGACCAUUGGGCAUGGUUUCUUGACUCGGGUCCAAAUGACCUGACCAUCAACAGGAGAUGGUUAUGCACUCACCUGUAUUAUUAAACAACUACUUACUCUCAAACAAGAGGCUAGGGUGCAACAUAAUGGUUAUUCAAUUUUUAAUGUUCCUUUUAAUAA